AUGGCGAUCCGACAACCUGCUCGACUCGUCGCUCCCAUCGCAUCGUCCUCGCUCUCCAUCUCCGCCCGUACUUACGCCACGCCAGCAUCAGCAGCCAUCCGCCUCGGCAACCUCUCUCCCGGUCAACCCACCAAGACACGCAAGCGACUCGGUCGAGGUCCCUCCUCUGGCCGUGGUGGCACCUCUACGCGCGGUCACAAGGGUCAGAAAGCGCGUGCGGGCAACGGCAAGCCCGUCCCUGGCUUCGAAGGUGGUCAGACUCCUCUCACCCGUCGCUACCCCAAGCGUGGCUUCACCAACGUCCACGGUCAGACCUUUGUCGCCGUCAACUUGGACAAGAUUCAGCACUGGAUUGACCGCGAUCUGCUCGACCCCUCGCGGCCUAUCACCGCCAAGGAGCUCUACGAAACGAGGUGCAUUCAUUCGCUCAAGGAUGGCGUCAAGAUUCUGGGCGAAGGGGCACAACAUUUGGCGGAUCCAGUCAAUCUGGUGGUGUCGAGAGCCUCGCAGUCUGCCAUCGAGGCGAUCGAGAAGGCAGGAGGCAGCGUCGAAUGCAGGUACUACACACCGCUCAGUUUGAGAGCACUCGUGAAGCCGCACAAGUUUGCCGGGAAGAUCUUGCCAAGGAGUCCGGAUCCCAUCAACAAGAAGGACCUCGUGUGGUACUCAAGCCCGAGGAACAGGGGGUAUCUGGCCAAGCGGGCGGCGUUGACAAGGGCCAUGGCUGGCGAGGGAUCCGCGGCAGAGGCGAGCGCUACCACGGCUUCCGCUUGA